GCAGGGAGGCGGGUCUGCUACCCUCCGGUGGGCGGGGUAUCAGUGACAGCAGGAAGAAGGCUGGUGUGGCCGCGGAAUCGAACCUCGAGGAGCCGCUGACUCUCUGCUUCCUUUAGAAAGACGUGGAUCUGAUGGCGACCAGAGGGAUGAACCUGUGGAACGUGUGCGUGCUGCUGCUCUAUGUGACCACGGCGGUGCUCGCGGGGCGAGAUUUCUACCAGAUCCUGGGGGUGAGUAAGAGUGCGACGGUCCGGGACAUUAAGAAGGCCUACAGAAAGCUGGCCCUGCAGUUACACCCGGACCGGAACCAGGACGACCCCAAAGCCCAGGACAAGUUCGCGGACCUGGGGGCUGCGUAUGAGGUGCUCUCCGAUGAGGAGAAGAGGAAACAGUACGACGCGUAUGGAGAAGACGGACUGAAAGAAGGUCACCACAGUUCACACAACGAUAUCUUCUCCAGCUUUUUUGGUGACUUCGGUUUCAUGUUCGGAGGAAACCGCCAGCAGCAGGACAGAAACAUCCCCAGAGGAAAUGACAUCAUACUCGACCUGGAGGUCACGCUUGAAGAGGUGUACUCUGGGAAUUUUGUGGAGGUUGUACGUAACAAACCUGUAGCUAAAGAAGCUCCUGGCAAGAGGAAGUGUAACUGCAGACAGGAGAUGAGGACGACGCAGCUCGGACCCGGACGCUUCCAGAUGACCCAGGAGAUGGUGUGUGACGAGUGUCCCAAUGUAAAGCUGGUAAAUGAAGAGAGAACCCUGGAGGUAGAAAUUGAACAGGGAGUGAGGGAUGAAAUGGAAUAUCCUUUCAUCGGAGAAGGGGAACCUCACAUUGACGGGGAACCUGGAGAUCUACGAUUCCGCAUCAAAGUGUUGAAACAUCCUGUGUUUGAACGCAGAGGAGACGACCUGUACACUAACGUCACCAUCUCCCUGGUGGAGGCUCUGGUCGGCUUUGAGAUGGACAUUGCACAUUUGGACGGACACAAGGUCCACAUAGUGAGAGACAAAAUCACGAAACCCGGCGCUCGGAUGUGGAAGAAAGGAGAAGGUCUUCCAAACUUUGACAACAUCAACAUCCGAGGUUCCCUCAUCAUCACCUUCGAUGUGGAGUUUCCUCAGACGCAGCUCGACGAGCAGCAGAAAGACGGUGAGAGUGAAGGAGACUGGUGA